AAAAUUCAAUAACAUGCCAUUAUCAAUUUGAAAUUUAUACAUCCGUAGUAAUUAUGAGGUCAUCUUUUCUAUCGUAUUAUGUGUCACAUUAAAUUGUUCUUGAAUCCUUAUAUUGAUUAUGUAAUAUUAUUUCUCCAACUGCCGAUCAUAACUAGGAUUAGUUGUCAUCAUGUAAUGACGGAAAACCCAAUAUUCAUGAAUAAAUAAUAAAUUUUUUAAAAAAAAAUCUAGAGAGAGAAGAGGAGAGAGGGUACGUGCAGGAUUGGAGGGCCAUACAAAUGGAUGAUUAGGUUUUCGGAUAAGAAAAAAAUACUAUAGAUUAUACAAACCCCACCCCCGCCAAUCAUUCAAUCAAGCCGGCCCCGCCUUUAUCACCAAAUCCAAACAAUUAUAUCUAACUUCGACAACGAAAUUAAGCUCCCUCUCUCUCAUCAUCAAACUCAGAGAAAUCUCAAAAUUCAUGAUCAAGAGAGAGAAAUCUCAAUUAGCUACUGCAAUUUCCCCAACAUUCUCCGCUCCUCUCUCUCUCUAAAUUCUCUCUAAAUUCAAUUUAGAGAGAGAAAAAUCUCAAUUAGCUACUGAAAUUUCCCAUCAUUCUCCUCUCUCUAUAUAUAAAUUCAUGAUCAAUAGAGAGAAAUCCCAAUUAGCAAUGCAAUUUGCCAACAUUCUUUCCCUCUAAAUUCAUGACCAAGAGAGAGUAAUCUCAAUUAGCUGCUGCAAUUUCCCAUUAUCCCCUUCUCUCGCUCUCUAAAUUCAUGAUUUCAAGAGAGAUAAAUCUCAAUUAGCAACUGUAAUUUCUCCAACAUUCUCCUCUCUCUCUCUCUCUAAAUUCAUGAUAAGAGAGAGAAAGUAAUCAACCAACGAACCCAACGACGAAGAAGAAUUUCCAGAUAAACCUCAGCUUCUCUCGACCCCCGCCAUGGGAGCCCUGUUUACCAAACAAGUCGAGCGGCGCACGGACAUCAAAACGGAGAAGAAAGUCCUCGCCGACCUGAAACAGAGCUGCGGCUGCGAUUUCCCCGGCUGCGACUACCGCACCAACGACCGGAAGAACUGGAUGUCCGCCCUCAACCCUGACAAGCUCCGCAUCAACCAGAUCGUGUGGCCUGGCACGCACGACUCCGCCACCAACAAAAUCGGCAUCCCCUUCAUCAGCCGCCCCUUCGCCCAGUGCCAAAGCCUCUCCAUCUACGACCAGCUCGCCGCCGGCGCCCGCUGCAUCGACGUCCGCGUCCAGGAGGACCGCCGCGUCUGCCACGGCAUCCUCCUCACCUACUCCGUCGACGUCGUCAUCGCCGACGUCAAAAAAUUCCUGCAGGAAACACAAUCGGAGAUCCUAAUCCUAGAAAUCCGCACCGAGUUCGGCCACACCGAUCCACCGGAUUUCGAUCAGUACCUAAAGGACCAGCUGGGCGAUCUCCUGAUCCACCACGACGACGGCGUCUUCGAGAAAACGGUGGCGGAACUGCUGCCGCGGCGCGUGAUCUGCGUGUGGAAGCCGCGGAAGGCGGCGGCGCCGCCUCCGGGGGAUCCGCUGUGGGCAUCCGGGUACCUGAAGGACAACUGGAUCGACACCGACAAGCCGUCGACGAAAUUCGAGAGCAAUUUGAAGCAUUUGGGGGAGCAGGCGGCGGCGGCGGGGCGGAGGUAUUUCUACCGGGUGGAGAACACGGUGACGCCGCAGGCGGAUAACCCGAUCCUGUGCGUGAGGCCGGUGACGGGUCGGAUCCAGCCGUAUGCGAGGACGUUUAUUGCGCAGUGCUUUGCGCGGGGGAUUGCGGAUCGCUUGCAGAUAUUUUCCACAGAUUUUAUCGAUGCGGAUUUUGUGGAUGCGUGCGCGGGUUUGACGUCCGCCCGCCUCCAGGGGAAAGCCUGACGGCUCGGAUUGAUUGCGGCAUUCUUGGAUUCUUCAAAUUGUUUGUGGGAAUGGUGUUUUAUUGGAAUAAAAGCCUUGUAUUUUCUUGUGUAUAAUUUAAAAUUUCUUCUUCUCUCAAUUUUGUAAAAAGUGGAGGUGUUUGUGUAAAUUAAAGUCUACUUAAUUUUUUUUAUGUUGAGGGAUGUUUUAGUGAAAA